AUGUCCUCAUCACACGCCAGCCUUAGCGCUGCUUCAGACGACCGAAAAGCUAGGCUCGCAAAGCUCAAGAACCUCAAGCGUAAACAACCAGCAGACGAAAUUGUUGCGCCCGAAUCAGAGCGAGCUGUUUCCCCUCCCACAGAACCAGAUGUAUCACGGCUACAUGUGUCUGGUCGCAAUUACGAUCCCGAAACAAGAGGCCCUAAGCUUGGCUUCGAGCAAGAUCCAACCCUUAGCCUUGAAAACCCGACCCUUGAAGAGCAAGCCGCUGAAGUCGAAGCUGAAAUAAAGCAAAAAGCAGCAGAGGAGGCUCAGGAUGAGAAAGGCGUCGAUCUAUUCAAACUACAACCGAAGAAGCCAAAUUGGGAUCUGAAGAGGGAACUCGACAGGAAGAUGGAAGUUCUCAACGUCCGAACAGACAACGCAAUCGCGCGCCUGGUACGCGAUCGCAUCACCGGCGCGCAAAAGGCCGCCAAAAAGGACAAGGCGGUCGAUGAUGCUGAGGGUACCGGUGAAGCGACUGGUAUGGAUGGUGUGGCGCUGGUUGAAGGCCUAAGACUUAGGGAACAAGAGGAAGAGGAAGAGGAGCGUCGCGAAAAGGAGGAGGAAGCUGCACUGGGCGCAUAA